AUGGCGAACCAAAAAGUUUUUAUAUUCCUCUUAAUUUUUGGUACAGUACACAGUGCAAGCAUAUUAGAGAGUUCUUAUGAUUAUGUAAUGAAUUUAGGGAAGAAUUUCGCUCCUAGUUUUAUGUCUAUUUUGGACUGUUUCGGUGGAGAGGAUGCUUGGGGUUGUGCGAAAGAAAAGGCGGGGAAAAUGCUCGAUGGAUGGGAUAAGGAAGUUGACAAACAGAGAAGAAUGUGGCGAGAUGCCGCUGAUGCUGAAGUAAGAUCAUCUGGACGUUCACUACAAGAAAUGCCAUCAACCCUCGGGAAAGAGAUCGAGGAAUCUCUUCUUUCCCUUUCUGAUAUGGUGCAGGACGGCAUGGCCAGGGCGUUAGCCAGGAAAAAACACGAUGGAGGCUUAGAUAGUAUCACAAUUACAACGUCAAGCGAGAAGAAGAAGAAAAUGAAGAAAAAACAGAAACCACCCAAAAUACAUCUACAUCCAAUCGUCAUGCCGAUGAAACAGGCUGAAGAGAAAGGUCUCUUAGUAGAGAAGGAGGGAUUGGAAUUAGAGGGAAGGCGUGUGGAGAAUAUAGGAGUAGAGGGAAUGGAAAGAAAGGGAAGGGUUUUAGAAGGGAGAGGAAUUAUAGAAGAUAUGUGGAAGAUCGGGGAGGGAGCAAUGGAUGCUGUAGCCGAUCACGUAUUGGAAAAAGAGAAUAUGGAGAAUGGAUUAGCUGAUCGAAGCACGGUAGCAGAGCAAAGAGGUAAAAAGAAGAAGAAGAAGAAGGCUAUCCUAAAACUUCUACUUCUCGGAGCCGUGCUGAAGGCGAAGAUCGGGACACUGCUGCAGAUCCUAUCCUUCAAGUUGCAGGUGAAAUUCUUCAUAAUUGCGUUGAUUGGUCUGGGCAUCAAUUUGGCGCGAUUCUGGGUGGAAUUGAAAAAGAAACACCAGGAACCACAGAAGGUGAUAUACUACGAACACGCUCAACAUCAACAUCACUACGAGCAUGAGGAAGAACCAGGCUGGGGACCAUGGUCAAGGAGUAUUGUCCCGGAGGAGAACGAUGAAGCUGACUCCGAAGUUUCUCCAUACAGAGGGCAAGAAAAACCACACAUGUAUCCAACUAAGCCCCUCCUAACUUUGUCUUAACACAUUAAUUUCAGUUCAGCCAAUUAGUUUUAAUUAAGAGUCAUAUAUACUUUGAAGUACAAUUGAGGCUUCGGCGAUCGCAAAUUAGUAUAAGUUAUUUAUUAUUAUUUAAUUUUGUAAAUAUCUUAAUUUUGUAAAUAUUAUUUUGUAAGCAAGUGU